AUGAGCGUGAGGCGCCACUGGAUGAUAUCGCAUCGUCAUUUCAUCUCCCACACUCUCACACUCGCUUAUAAACAAGACAUGUCUGGCAAAGGCAAAGGUGGACGCGGUAAGGCUGGCAAGAAGAGUGGCAGCGGAGCUAAGUCUCGGUCCGCCAAGGCCGGGCUACAGUUCCCUGUUGGCCGUAUCGCGAGGUACCUCAAGAAGGGGCGUUAUGCCAAACGCGUAGGUUCUGGGGCGCCAGUUUACUUAGCUGCAGUCUUGGAGUACCUCGUCGCUGAGAUUCUCGAGCUCGCCGGUAACGCUGCGCGUGAUCAUAAGAAGACUAGGAUCAUUCCUCGUCAUAUUCAAUUGGCUGUCCGCAACGAUGAGGAACUGAACAAAUUCCUCGCUGGUGUAACUCUUGCGAGUGGUGGUGUCUUACCCAACAUCCACACUACUCUUUUGCCCAAAAAGAGUAAGGGCAAGAGCUUUACUGCUUCCCAGGAGAUGUAA